AUGCGCCAAACCCGCCGACUCGCCUCAUUACUCAUAUGCCUUCUCGUCGGAGCACCGGCGGCUAUCCACGGCCUCUCUGACGUGCCGGCGAGCGCCGAGAUCCAGGAAGACACGGCCGGGCAGGUCACCAUCAACGACGACCCGACCAGCAACACCACCGACGCGCAGCUUCCAAUCAGCGCGACCAUCUUUUCCGGCGUGCCGGGCCCCAGAGAAUGCCGCGGUAGCGUCAUGGCGACGCUGGACGUGGCCCCGCCGCCCGCGGGAGGCGGCCGCACAGCCGCGGCGUGCUACAACCUGCCGUCGCCGGCGGGCUGCGGCAACUUUGUCGCCAACAAGGCCGACGGCUGCGAGGCCCGCCUCUUCGCCGAGCCGAACUGCGCAAUGUACACCAACACGGCCGUCUUCAUCCCCGAGUCCCGCGCCGUCGGCGGCCUCUGGCGCAGCAUCUCUGUCCAGUGCGGCAUCCCCCCGCCAGACCCCGACUCGCUCGGCAAGCCGCCGCUGGCAGAUCUCAUGACAAACGUCAAGAAGGGGCCCAAGUCUGCAAGGGCGCGCCGGAGUGCUGCUGCUGCUGCUGCCGCUGCUGCUGCUCUCCCUUGA